CGCCAGAGAGACGCGACAAAAUGGCGGCGCCCUGCGAGGAGGAUCCGGAGGCGGCGGAACGGGGCUGUGUGUCACCCGCGGGACCCCGGCGAGCCCGGCAGCUGCUUCAUAUGAGCGUUCUGUCUCAGAGCCCUUCCCCUUGCGGGAGGUAUUUGGCUGCGGGGAAUAACUACGGCGAAGUGGCGAUUUUCGGGUUGGCGGCGGCGCUGGGAGCCGGGGCUACAGAGGAGAGCAAAAAGCCGCUGUUCUGCUUCCGGGCACACCGAGGCCCAGUGUACGCCUUGGCUUGUGGGGAGAAGCAGCUGCUGAGCGCCAGCGAUGGGGAAGUGCGGGCUUGGAACUGGGCUGACCUGGCCAAAAAGGGCUGCAAAGAGGUGUGGACCAGGAGACCCCCGUGCAGGUGAGACCCCAAAGUGUGACCCCAAAAUAUGACCCUGAGUGACCCCAAAGUGUGACCCCAAAUAACCCCGAAUUGUGACCCCGAGUGACCCCAAAUUAGGACUUCAAGUAACCCCAAUUUAUGACCCAGAAUGACCCCAAGUUGUGACCUCAACUGACCCCAAAAUGUGACCCCAAAUAACCCCAAAUUGUGACCCUGAGUGACCCCAAAUUAAGACUUCAAGUAACCCCAAUUUAUGACCCAGAAUGACCCCAAGUUGUGACCCUGAGUGACCCCAAAAACGUGACCCCAAAUAACCCCAAAUUUGACCCUGAGUGACCCCAAGUU